AUGGAUCACGGGCUGUACAACGACAAGUUUCUCUAUCUGAGCUCCGAUGCCCCUGCGAUUGCAGACAUUCGAAGUACUGGGUACUCCUCACAAGGUACCUUGGUAAUUUAUUUUAUGCAACCGCAACAGUUGUGGUCCAAAAAGCCCACCGAGGUGUUUCUCCGACCCAUGGAUUUUGACAUGGUAAAAAAGUUCCUUGUACCCGUCCUGACCAAGCCGAAGAGUCACCCCCCGAAGACCGAGGAUCGCUUUUCGAGUACGGUACGAAUUGCAAGAAACCGCCGCCGACGACUAUCCACGAUCGAGUGCAACCAGACCCCGCGUCAAUGGGCUCUUCGCUUUGCCCACCUGUUCGUCCUCCCCUCCCGCGUCACGUCUCUUAGACCCCGCCGGGUAGCCGCAUACCUUACUCUCCUCUCGUCGCCCCCUCGGCCUCUCAAUAGGCCCUGUCGCCCUUGCCUACUGCGCCAGGCCCUUUUAUGUAUGCGAGGCCGUGACCUGCGCAGCCGCAGCCGCCUCGUCCCUCGCACCCCUCCCUUCCCCGUACAUCGUACACUAGGGCUCUCAACACCAGUCCGACGCUACAGCCACGGCCACGGCCACAUCUACAAAAAGAAAAGACAAAACCCCCAUCUCUGUGCUGGGGCUCUAUCCGCCCCUCCAUCUCCAGCCGCCGCCGUUCCUGGGGGGUGCCCGCCACGCAAGACACGACUGCCGUCGCCGCGAACGAACGAGAGCCCCUGCGCUGAGACCUCGUCGUACAAGAAACGCCUCUUACCUCGCCAGAACGUCUCCCAUUGGAGACCCCUAUCCUGCUGGGAAAUACGAGCUCCGUUCCUGAUCCUCGCUCGCGUUAGCGUUAGAACAAAUCUUCGGUCGCUCACGCCCCGCCGCCCGUUCCCAAGUCUCAAGACCAGCCACCGGUUGGGCGGCCGGUCUUCGUUUUCGCAUUUUGGUGCCUCACUGCAGGAGGAUCGGCCCAUACCAUACCUGUCCCACUUGCCUCGCUUCGCCGACGCCGCCAGCAAGACCUCUGGAGCCAGUGUCGCCUUGAGAGACAACAUCACCCUGGCUUGA